AUGGCCGACUCCCUGAUUCUCCGUGGUACCCUUGAGGGUCACGCUGGCGAUGUUACCGCUCUCGCCACCUCUGCCGAGAACCCCGACGUGCUCUUGUCCGCUUCCCGUGACAAGUCCAUCAUCGUCUGGAACUUGACCCGCGAUGAGGCUUCCUACGGUGUCCCCAAGCGCUCCCUCCACGGACACAACAGCUUCGUCUCCGACGUUGUCAUCUCCUCUGACGGCAUGUACGCUUUGUCCGCUUCCUGGGACAAGACCCUCCGCCUCUGGGACUUGAACACUGGUUUGACUACCAAGCGUUUCGUCGGCCACACCUCCGACGUUCUCUCCGUCUCCUUCUCCGCCGACAACCGUCAGAUUGUCUCCGGAUCCCGUGACCGCACCAUUAAGUUGUGGAACACCCUCGGUGACUGCAAGUACACCAUCCAGGACCAGGGCCACACCGAGUGGGUCUCCUGCGUUCGUUUCUCCCCCAACCCCGGAAAUCCCGUCAUCGUCUCCGCCGGCUGGGACAAGAUCGUCAAGGUCUGGGACCUCACCAAGUUCAAGCUCCGCACCAACCACAUCGGUCACACCGGUUACAUCAACACCGUCACCGUCUCCCCCGAUGGUUCUCUCUGCGCUUCCGGUGGUAAGGACGGAACUACCAUGCUCUGGGACCUCAACGACUCCAAGCACCUCUACUCCUUGGACGCCGGAGACGAGAUCAACGCUCUCGUCUUCUCCCCCAACCGUUACUGGUUGUGCGCUGCCACCGCUUCGUCCAUCAAGAUCUUCGACCUCGAGUCCAAGUCCAUCGUCGACGAGCUCAAGCCCGAGUUCAUCGGUGUUGGCAAGAAGUCCCGCGAGCCCCAGUGUCUCUCCCUCGCCUGGUCCGCUGACGGUUCUACCUUGUUCGCCGGUUACUCCGACGCCAAGAUCCGCGUUUACUCCGUUGUCUAA